CAUUGUAUAUAUGUAUACUGAUCAAUAUAUUUAUCAUUGUUAUAAAUUUUACGACUCGAAUUAAAAUUAUAAACAAAAGCAGAUAAUUUUAUAAAAUGAAAAUGCUAUCCAAUACCAUCGAAGAAGAUUGUUCCAUAAAAAAUGUUUGGAAUCACAAUCUACACGAAGAAUUUCAUGUUAUUAGAGGGGUAGUACAGAAGUUUCACUGGGUGGCCAUGGAUACUGAAUUUCCUGGGGUUGUAGCAAAACCGCUGGGAGAAUUUAGAUCUACUGCUGACUACCACUACCAGCUGUUGAGGUGUAAUGUGGAUCUGUUAAGAAUGAUACAGCUUGGUCUCACAUUUAUGGAUGAAAAUGGUAGAACGCCACCAGGCUGCACCACGUGGCAAUUCAAUUUUAAGUUCAGCUUACAAGAAGACAUGUACGCCCAAGACUCAAUAGAUUUGCUUAAAAAUUCUGGACUCCAAUUUAGAGAACAUGAGGAACAUGGGAUUGACCCAUUAGAAUUUGCAGAACUCCUGAUGUCUUCAGGCAUAGUGCUGAUGGACGAUAUCAAUUGGUUGACUUUUCAUUCUGGUUAUGAUUUUGGUUAUUUACUAAAAAUCCUCACUAAUCAGAAUUUGCCUCAACAAGAAACUGACUUCUUUGAAAGUCUGAGAUUGUAUUUUCCUACUAUUUAUGAUGUCAAAUACUUGAUGCAGUUGUGUAAGAACUUGAAAGGCGGUCUACAAGAAGUAGCCGAUCAGUUGGAGUUGCGCCGGGUGGGACUACAACACCAAGCCGGAUCUGAUUCACUUCUCACAGGAAUGGCUUUCUUCAAAAUCAAGGAAGUAUUCUUUGAUGGCAAUAUUGAAAGUGCUAAUGGUCACUUGUAUGGCUUGGGGGCACCAUUUGCCAGCAAUGAGAACACUUCCCAAAAUAAUGCAGAGAACAGAAAUUCACCUUAAUGAGAAAAAGCUCUGUUUUGAUUUCUUUCUAUUAUUUGUAUUGAAACAAAGUAUUGGUACCUGACUAUGUGAAAACAAAUUGUUGAGCAAAGCCUGUGAUAUUUGAGUGUACACUGAUAAAGGCUUAUUAGGGCAUGCAAUUUUUGUCAAUAUU